GUCUAUGUAGUAUGAAGACCUCCUCCAUCUGUCAUCUUCUGACGCCUGCAUACGCGAUUAUUUAUUCGCCAUCUUUUGUGUUUUUUAUGUUUUAGUAUUUUUUUAAGAUAAUCAGAUGCUUAAAUAUACAUAUAUACUUUUUUGUGUCAGGGUAGGAGUUUACUUAUAUUUUUUGAUCACUCUGAUAGUUUAUUAUUAACCACUCAACGAAGUACUGCAACUUAUUAAAUUGAUGUUUAGUUAUUUGUUUUGUGUUGUGAAUACGAUAGAAUUUAAGAAACUAUUAAGAAGAAAAUAGCGGUAACGAACGUAAACCGCGACGUAUUUAAGUGUUAAAUAUAAACAACGCGUAAUGCAUCUUUAUGCAUAGAGGAUCUUCGUCAGAGACGGGCUCCGGAGGAAACCAAGAUGGAGUAGGUGUGUCUCUGCCGCCUCGACAGGCGCUCUCAGGUUCUUCCAGGAAGUGGCCGUUUUCUGUGGCAGGUGGAGGUUCGCGGACGCUUCCCGCCGGCGCGGGGGAGAAGAGCCGCCAUGUCUGACACCUGGGACAGAUCCACAAAGAUCUCCUCUUUGAAGGAAACCGUUCUGAGGAAACUUUGUGAAGUUCUGGACAAAUCGAGCAUCAGAGGAUGGAGGAAGCUCGGAGAGAUCGUCAACAACGACAGACGCUUCGAAGUCAGCUCCGACCACAUGGAGAUGUGCUCCCUGCGGGUCCUGGAGGUGGGGGGCAGCCCCAGCCUGAUGCUGCUGAGGCUGAUGGGAGAUCGAGGCUGCACCGUGGCUCACCUGAGCGACUACCUGCAGACUUUAGGGAAUAUGGAAGCCCUGCAGUGUCUGAAACCACAAGACCUGCAGAUCCUCCUCCAGCCUCACUCCGUGGCUCUGCUGUGCGGACAUAACCUGCGUCUCAGCUGCCUGGCGGUGGGGAAGUCCACCGUGCAGUACCAGUGGUUCAAGUCCAGGGAGGAGGUUCCCGGCGGAAACUCUCCUGACCUGCUGAUAAGCUCCGCCCAGCUGAAGGACGCCGGCUUCUACAUCUGCAGGGUCAACAGCGAGGACGCCUGUGAAUUCAGCCAGUGGGCUCAGGUGGACGUCCUGAAUGUGGGCGUGUCUUAUGGACAGACCUACCACUCCCUGGACGGCCGCUUGAAGCUGGCGAUCCAGCCGCAGUCGCAGCGGCUUCACGCCGGGGAGAGCUUGCAGUUGGAGUGCGGCGCCGUGGGGCGACCCAUCCCCCGAUACCAGUGGCACCGGAACAGCGUCCCGCUCCCGAACGCCACAAAGAGAAAGCUCUCGAUCCCUGACGUGGCGCCGGAUCACGCCGGCAGGUACCGCUGUGAGAUCAGCAGCAGCAGCGAGAGGAUGUGGACCAACGAGGUGGACGUCUCCAUAACGCCGAGGAUUUGGGUGAAGGUUUCAGAGCCGGAGGAGGUCUCUGAAGCUGCGGGUGAAUACUUCCUGAACAGUCUUCCAGAGAAACUUUACGCAACCGACAAAGUGGCGCUGCUGAUCGGCAACCUGUCGUACCAGAACCACCCGCAGCUCAAAGCCCCCAUGGUGGACGUGUACGAGCUCACCAACCUCCUCCGCCAGCUCAACUUCAAGGUGGUCUCGCUGCUGGACCUCACCGAGUCGGAGAUGAGGAACGCCGUGGACGAGUUCCUGCUGCUGCUUCAUAAAGGAGUUUACGGUCUGCUGUACUACGCCGGCCACGGCUAUGAGAACUACGGGAACAGUUUCAUGGUGCCGGUGGACGCUCCGAACCCGUACCACUCGGCCAACUGUCUGUGCGUGCAGAGCAUCCUCAAGCUGAUGCAGGAGAAGGAGACGGGCCUGAACGUGUUCCUGCUGGACAUGUGCAGGAAGAGGAAUUUUCACGAUGACAGCACUCCAAACAUCGUCCUGAGAGUGACGGCCAACAUCGUGUUUGGAUACGCCACAUGUCAGGAUGCAGAGGCCUUCGAGCUGAGCUCCACCAGCUUCAUCAACGGAGUGUUCGUCAAGUUCCUGAAGAAACGUCUGCUGGACGAUGAGAAGAUCACCGUGGUGCUGGACCGAGUGGCCGAGGACAUGGGUCAGUUUGAUGCCACCAAAGGAAAGCAGGCUCUGGAGAUCCGCAGCAGCCUGUCGGAGAGGAGAGCCCUGACCGACCCCAUCGUGCCGGGAGACAGCCACAGCCUGGCUCACGUUCACAGCCGGCAGUGGGCCAAAGCUCACGAACUUCCUGAGAGCAUGUGUCUCAGCUUCGACUGCGGGGUUCAGAUCAAGUUGGGCUUCGCCGCCGAGUUCUCCAACGUUCUGGUCAUCUACACUCACAUCAUCAAGAAGCCCGUCGACAUGACCUUCUGCCAGGCCCACGUCACCGACUUCUCGCAGGAUCUGGACGUGGAUCCUAAAGAGAUGAACAGAGAGACUCCAGAGGAGACGGGGAUCUACCUGCUGUCCAGCAGCCUGCCGCAGCACUGCCUCUACACCAGACUCAGCUCCCUGCAGAAGCUGAGGGAGGAGCUGGUCUUCACCGUCUGCCUUCAGGGCACGUUUGCCGCCAUGGCUGAAGACCCCCCCAUCCACUGGACCAGGAGCGUCAACAUCGGAAAGCCUCUGAUCGCGCGGCUCGACCUCCACCGGCCGGUGCGCCGGAACAGCUGCCUGCAGACGUGCCUGAUGCCCCACAGCCCCUGCCACAGCCCGGGGCCCGAGCACCACGCCCACCUCUACCACGGCCUCCAGGCGCCGGACUACAGCCGGCUCUUCCUGGACGUGGCGGAGCACGCGGCGGGGGCCUGCGGGGGGACCUUCAGCGACAGCGUGAACCCGUGCGGGCUCUCCAGCUCGCCCGGCAGGUUCAGCAUCCCCAUCGAAGCCAGCGACGACAUCGACGAGGUGCAGACGGUCUUCAUCAACAGCCUGCAGCUGCAGCCGCAGUAGAGCGCAUGGCGGCGGACGGACGCUUCUAGAGGCGUCAUUCACUGACAGAAACACUCUUUGUAUCCAAAAUGAGAUUUUAUACCUUUAUUUUGACUCAUAUUAAAAGAAUAUAACUUAUUUAUAAACA